AUGGGUUGCUACAUGGUUGCGGAAGUGGAAGAGUGGCGGAAACUGCCCCUUCACCGUUUAAUUGUGUGGCCUGGCGCCGUUGCAGAUGCAGAGCGAGUGUGCGUGGUCUUUACUUGUCCAGGCAUGCUUGCGAGAGCAGGAGCAGCAGAAAACAAGGUGGUGAAAUUGGCAGUAGAUGGCAAGCAAAAGGUCGUGUCAAACGACUACACCAUCUUGACGCUGUCAUUUCUAGUUCCGAGUGAAUCUGUUGUGCAAACGAAAGCUAGGCCCAAAUCACGAGCCGGAAGAACGCAAGCCCACACCUGCACCCAAGAACCGUUCCUGCAAGCACUCGUGAGCUCUGAGAGCGAGCAAAACAUGACACAAACUUUUAACACAGCUUGUGAGAUCGCUGAGCAGCAAUGUGGCUUGGACUUGCGAAACCAGGUGCUACAGGUGCACAAAGAUUAUGCAAAAGGGAUAGAAGCUUCAAGAAAGAAAGUCUUCCCUUACUCGCGCCCUUGCGAUGACUACGCGCACAUGCGCAGAGCUGCGUACAGCACUUUGCAGAAGCAUUUCGGGGUUGGUCGCGAAAAGUCGUCUGAUGCAGUUGAAAAGAAGGCGAAGAAGGAGUUUGAUCAGUUGAACGAUGUCAUCGCACUGAGCCGGUCCUUGCCCACGAUACAGUUGUUUGACGCAGUUUGGCAUGUUACAUUUCAUUGGUUGCGUGCCGUUUGCCCGAGAGCGGAAAAAUACUUGCAGGAACAAUGUUUCCAAUAUACUGCCACGGAGAAUAUCCAGAGGCAAUUCCGUUGUAGUACAACACUUUGGGGAGCAAAAUCCAUUUGGUUCGCAGGCUUUUGGUCAGGCAUCAUUGGAACGUAUCCUGGCAGCUCGUCUGGCACCCAAACAUUGGAGAGCUUCCAUUCCUACUGGCAAACACGCCUCGAAGCACAAGCACGCGCAAAGCCAACGGAGGUACUGGCAUGUAUGCAAGAUAUCUACCAAAAUGAUUGGUGCCAAAAAUUUUGCUGGAGUGAGCAGCGCAGCUUCAUGACAUGGCCCGAACGCUCUGCAGAGGCACUUUUCAAUAGUGAUUCUUUACGUUCAAGUGGACGAUCUCCAGCCGUCGAUUUCUGGCAAGAAAGAGGCAAGCGACUCUGCGGUCAAACCAAUUACUUCCAAGCCUACAUCCGGACCGAUGGUCAGAAAAACAGUGUGGAUCCCUCCGGCAUCACGACAUUCUGGAUUCUACGCUCCGCAAAACUGAAUGGUAUCAUGCCUGCUGAUGCAGUGAUAAGCAAGGAGUUCGGCACUGCAUUUGCAAACCUCAUCGCGACUGAAGGAGAUGAACUGGCAUCAUGGCUCGCAAAGAGCGGCAUCAUCAAACAUGAAGAGACGAAAAGAGACUUGAACAUCGAUGCGCUCAGAACUUACUUUGGUUUCCAUUGUGCGGUCAUGGUUGGGCACCUGCCAAAUUCGUCCUGGCCACGGCAACGCCGCAAAACAGAAGUGCGCAUCCCCAGCAUGGUUUGCACGUGCGUGGAAUUCCUCAUGCAUGCGGAAUGUGAACACAUAGUGUAUGUGCAAGCACUCACGGAUGAAACCCGAGCACGCGAGUUGCAGCAAGUACCGGUGCUGCGGAAAAAAGGACGGAAGCGGAAGGGAGAUGCCACAGAUCGAGUGGGUGGAGACAAGCAACAAGACAAUGCGAAGAAGAGGAAGGCAGCUUCUUGCUUGCACUGUGCCGAAGGUUAG